GUUGUGGUGCCCGGCGCCAACUUUCACGAGAAAGCCGGCGCGGCGUUUGGAAAUUGCUCACGUGCGCAAUUUCGUUCUGUCCGUCUUAGCUUGAUCGUGCGGGAUUGCAAAAAAAAAAAAAUAAAAAAUUGUAUACAUGCAAUAAUCACAAUACUAACCAAAUUCUGCUCAUUCUGACCCCACAAAAUUAUAAUUGUCAAUUUUCUUUUUCUUUUUUAACAGAUAAAACUUUACUAUCAAAAAUGUUCUUCCUAACAAAAAAACUGAAUUUGUAUUAGAUCUGAAUGAAAUCAGUAUUUUUUAUGCCAAUGCUAUAAUGCAGUGAUUCUCAAACUGUUGCGAUUUUUAACGCGGCAGAUUACAUUUAUAAAUGCAUCAAUAUUUAAAUUUUAAGUACAUUUGUAGAUGAGGUCAAAUAAAGAUUCUCAAAGUGUGGCACUAGGACCGCUCGUGGUCCAAUGAAGAGUUCAGCUGGGUCGAACUUUUAAGUAAAAAACUUUUUCAUCAAUUUUCAUCCACUUUAGGUAAAAUCAUAUUUGCCUUUUAUGUGCAAUUCAUGAACCGUUUGAGUAAUUUUUUUCCCUCUAUAUCUGGGCGCAUUAAUGUUCAAACUUUUACAAUAAUAUUAAAUGUAAUUUAAAGGAAGAAAAGGAAUUUUAAGGCCCAGUACGCUAUUGUAUUUUAACUUUGAUCAUGAUGUUGAAAUUAAUAAAACUAUUUGGUGUAAAAUAAAAUUGAGAACCACCGCAUUGUGCGUAUUGUGUGUGUGCUCAUGAUAACACAUGGACGAAUGCGCACCUCAAUGUUUAUAGGCCGUCAACACACACACACACACACACGCAGGCGCCACUCAUACUUCCGCAGAAUGUCAAUCCAAUAUUAAUCUUCCGCCCCUUUUUUUUCAUCUGUGUUUUGAAAAUAAAUAAUCCUGUUUUCAGAUACAACUGCAGUGUUCCAGUCCGAUGUUGCAUCCACUGAAUGCACCGCGACUAUUUCACAACACAUCAUUAACAUCACCGCAAACAAUCAUUUUAUCAGCUAAAACAAAACACAACACAUUUAUAGGAUGUAAACAGCAACCAAUUGAAUGCAUUUUUAAAAUCCAAUGAUAUUUAUUGAAUAAAUGUGCUCAUGAAGAAGCCAAUAUGUUCUCAAAGAUGACUUCACCUGAGCAGUAGAAAUUUAAAUGUCACAUUUCAAUUUGCACAAGUUGGUUUUCACAUGCACAUGCGCCGUGCAUGCGCACUCUCGGCAGGCGACGCGUAUUGACAGUCCAAACAUGCCCUGGAUGCGCUUCCACUGGCCCAAAACCUGCUGCCAGUAUGUUUGACUUUUAGACACAGAGUAUACAUGCAGACCACACACGCGACAAUAAAGGAUUCAAAUGCACGGAAACCCGAGUUAAUCUCCGUCCAUGCCCGUAUGUUGCGCCCGACGUGUUUCUCCCGCUCAGGGAAAAAUGGUGAAGGACCACAACGAGCAGACCUACUGGCAGGAGACGGGGCGAUGGGCGGCCCACGAGGAGAGCUUCGACCCCGAGUCCGGCGUGUGGGCGUCCUCGCACGUGUCGUACCUCACCUUCAAGAGCCUGGUGCAGCUCCGGCGCUCCAUGAACACAGGUGUGAUGCUCUUUGACUGCGCGGAGAAGACCUGGGCCGCCAUCGCGGAGAAAAUAGUCGCCGAGAUGCUCAAGCAGAAGCAGAUCCGACCAGGAGACCAGGAGGGCGUCAUGAAGUGUCUGCUCCACGACCGCAGCCAACAAGCCGAUCCGGAGAGUCAAGCCCUGACUGACGGAGCGGACCUCCGCAGGUUUUCGGUCAAGGAAAGGAGGGAUGAAUCUGAUCGCGUGGAGGCCUCCAUGGUGUUAGUAGGAGCUCUGGACUUUUUGGAGAAGCCCGCCGUCGUGUUUGUGCGCCUGAAAGAGGCGGCGGCGCUCGACUCAGCGUUGGAGGCUCCGGAGCCAUUACGUUUCGUCUUGGUGCUGAUCGGGCCCAGCAACGCCGACACGGAUUACCACGAGAGUGGGCGAGCCAUGGCGGCACUAAUGGCUGACAAAGUGUUCAACCAGGCGGCGUCUCGGGCUAAAAGCCUGCGCAACUUGACCGACGCCGUGGGCGACUUCAUGGACUGCAGCAUUGUCAUCCCACCUACUGAGAUCCAAAACGAAGCCACGCUCACGUCCAUCAUCGACUUUCAGAAGAAGCUGCUGAAGGACAGAGACCACUCAUCCGAGACCGUGCUGGAGAGCAAGGCGGGUCAGAUUUCCUUCUGUACGACACUUCCGCCCGAAGACCCCCUGGCCCGCACGGGUCGACCGUUCGGCGGCAUGAUACGGGACGUUAGGAGACGGUACCAGUACUACAAGAGCGACAUUACCGAUGCACUCAACGCUCAGGUCCUCGCCGCCAUCAUCUUCAUCUACUUCGCGGCUCUCUCCCCCGCCAUCACCUUCGGGGGCCUCCUAGCGGACAAAGUGGAGGACAUGAUGGGCGUCCCGGAGCUUCUCAUUUCUACGAGCAUCCAGGGGAUUAUCUUCUGCUUCGUCGCGGCCCAGCCUGUGCUCGUAAUUGGGUUCUCUGGGCCCUUGUUAGUGUUUGAGGAGGCCUUCUAUGCCUUCUGCAAGUCCCAGGAGAUCGAGUACAUCGUCGGGCGAGUGUGGGUGGGCUUGUGGCUAGUGGUGAUCGUGGUGAUCAUCGUGGCGUGCGAGGGAAGCUUCCUGGUGCGGUUCAUUUCCCGCUUCACCCAGGAGAUCUUCUCCAUCCUCAUCUCCGUCAUCUUCAUCUACGAAACCUUCGCCAAGCUCGCGAGGAUCUUCAAGGCUCAUCCACUGAUUUUGAAUUACGAUCAUCUGAAUUCAUCUGUAGAAAACCCGUGGCGCCCAAGAGUGGAACAGACGGUCAUCUUCGACAACGUGACGGGCAACACGACCGUUCUCGUCCACACUUUAACGCCACCUUACCCGAACACGGCACUGCUCUCCAUGUGCCUCAUGCUCGGCUGUUUCUUUAUUGCGUAUUUCCUGCGCCAGUUCAAGAACGGCACCUUUCUGCCUGGGAAAGUCAGACGUUUGUUGGGUGACUUUGGCGUGCCCAUUGCCAUUUUCCUCAUGAUUGUCGUGGACUACAGCAUCGGCGACACCUACACUCAGAAACUGGUGGUUCCAAAAGGUCUGAUGGUGUCCAAUCCAUCCAAAAGAGGCUGGCUCAUCAACCCGUUUGGCGAGCACGCACGCUUCCCCGUGUGGAUGAUGUUCGCGUGCUGCAUUCCGGCCUUGCUGGUCUUCAUCCUCAUCUUCUUGGAGUCUCAAAUCACAACCUUGAUCGUGAGCAAACCCGAGAGGAAGAUGGCCAAAGGCUCCGGCUUCCACUUUGACCUUCUGAUCUUGGUGGGCAUGGGCGGCAUCGGCGCCAUCUUCGGCGUGCCGUGGCUCAGCGCCGCCACGGUGCGCUCCGUCACUCACGCCAACGCGCUCACCGUCAUGAGCAAGGGGACCAAACCCGUGAUCGAGAAAGUCCUGGAGCAGAGAGUCAGCGGCAUCGUCGUGGCGCUCUUGGUUGGUCUGUCCAUUCUGAUGGAGCCCAUCUUGAAGUUGAUCCCCAUGGCGGCCUUGUUCGGCAUUUUCCUCUACAUGGGCGUCACGUCGCUAAACGGCAUCCAGUUGUGGGAUCGCAUGCUCCUCCUCCUCAUCCCCAAGAAGUACCACCCCAACGAGCCUUACGCCACCAAAGUGAGCACCGCAAGAAUGCACGUCUUCACCGCCAUCCAGAUCGUGUGCCUCGCACUUCUGUGGAUUAUCAAGUCCAGUCCGGCGUCCCUCGCGCUUCCGUUCAUCCUCAUCCUCACCAUCCCGUUGCGCAUGGUCAUGACCGGGCGUCUCUUCACCGAGUUGGAGAUGAAGUGUUUGGAUGCUGACGACGCUAAAGUGACGUUCGAGGAGGAGCCGGGACAAGAUGUGUACUGGGAAACUCAGAUGCCAUUGUAGGCAUAAAGAAAGGCCAUCAUUUAAAAAAAAAAAUUAAUUAUGGCUCAAAUUCAAGUUUGCAAGCAAUUGUAUUGCCAUUGAAAAUUGGGUACAUGUUUCUUACAGUUACAUUUUCAUAUGACAGAUCAGAUUUGUCGAAAAAUGAAACUGGCAUUCCUUGCAAUUUGUGCCUUUCUAUCCCCAGGAAAAUAGUUUUGUUUUCUUUGAAGUUAAUAAAAUUCCAAUUAUGAAAACAUUA